CUUCACCCCCCUCGAUUCGCCAGAUAGUGGUAGGGCAGGGGGCCGCAGUCUAGGGGAGGACCCAGGGGAGGGGGGCAGGUUACAGGGACCCCCCCCUCCCCGGGAACCGGUGGUGGGCGGGGCUUGAACCCCGGAAACGGUGGGGGGUCCCAGGCCGGGCCCUAGACCCCUGGGCAGUGGGGGCCGGGAAGGGGCCAGUUAAAGGGUCGGGGGCGCUGGGGAGAGAAGGGGGAGGGGAGCUGAGACUCGGACCCCGGACUGAGUGGGGCCCGGGCAGAAGCUGAGCACCCUGCGCCCGAGGAGCCCCCGUUGGCCUGGGGGGGCUGAGGGACUGAGCCCCCCAGAGCAGGACCUCCCCCUGGAAGGGCCGCGCCGCAGCCCGUGGGAGGGCCUCGCCCCCGGCGCCCCCCAUCUCCACUCGCCGCCGUCCCGGCCUCCGCCGGAGGGAGGGGCCGAGCGCCCUCGGGGGGCCGUGGACCCCGGCGUUCUGAGCGUUCCGCGCCCCGCGCCGCCCGGCCCCCCCGCCGCCGAUGGCCGCCGACCCGCCGGGAGCUGCCGAGAAGGGAGAGAUGGCUCCCGGGACACGUGUGAGCCCUCGGCGUUGCUGACGCCCCCAAUGUCGUCGAGCAGCCGGGGGCCGGGGGCCGGAGCGCGCCGACGCCGAACCCGCUGCCGCCGCUGCCGGGCCUGUGUGCGAACUGAGUGCGGGGACUGCCACUUCUGCCGAGACAUGAAGAAGUUCGGGGGGCCCGGGCGCAUGAAGCAGUCGUGCCUGCUCCGGCAGUGCACUGCCCCCGUGCUCCCACACACAGCUGUGUGCCUCUUGUGUGGGGAGGCUGGGAAGGAGGACACAGUGGAGGGAGAGGAAGAAAAAUUUGGUCUGAGCCUCAUGGAGUGUACAAUCUGCAACGAGAUCGUCCACCCUGGCUGCCUGAAGAUGGGGAAGGCUGAGGGUGUUAUCAAUGCGGAAAUUCCUAACUGCUGGGAGUGCCCUCGCUGUACCCAGGAAGGCCGGACCAGCAAGGAUUCGGGUGAGGGACCAGGCCGCCGAAGGACUGACAACGGAGAGGAGGGUGCCAGCCUGGGGAGUGGAUGGAAGCUGACGGAGGAGCCGCCACUUCCACCACCCCCACCCAGGCGCAAGGGCCCCCUGCCUGCUGGGCCCCCCCCAGAGGACGUGCCUGGGCCCCCCAAAAGAAAGGAGAGGGAGUCAGGGAAUGAGCCCCCAACCCCAAAGAAAAAGGUGAAAGGAGGCCGGGAGAGGCACCUGAAGAAGGUGGGUGGAGACGCCUGCCUCCUCCGAGGAUCGGACCCAGGCGGCCAAGGCCUUCUGCCCCCCAGGGUUCUGAAUCCAAGCCAAGCUUUCUCGUCCUGCCACCCUGGGCUCCCUCCCGAACACUGGGAGAAACCAAAGCCACCUUUGGCCUCUGCUGAGGGCCCAGCGGUGCCAUCCCCAUCACCACAGAGGGAGAAGUUAGAGCGUUUCAAGCGGAUGUGCCAGCUGCUAGAGCGGGUGCCUGACACCUCCUCGUCCUCCUCGGACUCAGACUCAGACUCCGACUCAUCAGGCACAUCCCUGAGUGAGGAUGAGGCCCCUGGCGAGGCCCGAAAUGGGCGACGGCCAGCCAGGGGCAGCUCAGGCGAGAAAGAGAACCGCGGGGGGCGACGGGCUGUACGCCCUGGCAGUGGGGGGCCCCUCCUCAGUUGGCCCUUGGGCCCUGCCCCACCACCCCGGCCCCCACAGCUGGAGCGUCAUGUGGUACGGCCCCCACCUCGAAGUCCUGAGCCCGACACACUGCCUUUGGCUGCUGGAUCCGACCACCCUCUGCCCCGUGCUGCCUGGCUUCGUGUCUUCCAGCACCUUGGGCCCCGAGAGCUGUGCAUCUGCAUGCGCGUCUGCCGGACUUGGAGCCGCUGGUGCUAUGACAAGCGUCUGUGGCCUCGAAUGGACCUGAGCCGGCGGAAGUCACUCACUCCCCCCAUGCUUAGUGGUGUGGUUCGUCGCCAGCCCCGAGCCCUGGACCUCAGCUGGACAGGUGUCUCCAAGAAGCAACUCAUGUGGCUUCUGAACCGACUGCAAGGCCUGCAGGAACUGGUGCUGUCUGGCUGCUCCUGGCUCUCUGUCUCUGCCCUGGGCUCAGCCCCACUGCCAGCCCUGCGGCUCCUGGACCUGCGCUGGAUUGAGGAUGUUAAAGACUCCCAGCUCCGAGAGCUGCUGCUGCCUCCGCCAGACACCAAACCAGGGCAAACGGAGAGCCGUGGGCGGCUGCAGGGGGUAGCAGAGCUGCGCUUGGCAGGCCUAGAGCUGACAGAUGCCUCCCUGCGACUCCUGCUGCGCCACGCGCCCCAGCUGAGCGCCCUGGACCUCAGCCACUGCGCCCAUGUCGGGGAUCCCAGUGUUCAUCUCCUCACGGCCCCCACCUCCCCACUUCGAGAGACCCUGGUACACCUCAAUCUUGCUGGUUGCCACCGCCUCACUGACCAUUGCCUUCCGCUGUUCCGCCGCUGUCCUCGCCUACGCCGCCUAGACCUGCGCUCCUGCCGCCAGCUCUCACCUGAAGCUUGUGCCCGGCUGGCAGCUGCCGGGCCCCCUGGCCCCUUCCGCUGCCCAGAGGAGAAGUUGCUUCUCAAGGACAGCUAGUUGGGUGCCCCUCCCUACCCCCCGACUCUUCAGGAGCCUGGACCUCCGGCCUUCAUUUCACUCCUGCCAGGAGGCCAGGUUACCCACCUCAUGACUUGGGAUUCCCGAGUUUUCCGACUUGGGAUUCCUGCCCAGGGACUUGAGCCAGCCUCCCCACUCUGCCCCCUGCACUGAUAUUUCUGGGGGUCUCUUUCCCCUCCCCUCCCCCUUCCACCUGCUUCAUUGUCCAUCCCCUGGGGGGAGUGGGUCAGAGGUACUGGGGUUGCUGAGCCAAAGGGAUGGUGGGCGGGGGGGUA